CCCCAAUCCUAGUACUCCGUACUCCUGCGGAACUGCCGAGAGCCUAAUCUCGAAAUCGCGACAACCCUCACGCGUCAGAACUUCGAACUUCUUUACAUUUAACACAACCCCGACUGGUUCUCCCGCUGAGGGACGCGAAUAAUCAAACAUAUAUUCAGGAACGUCCUUCUACGCACGAGCAUUCCUGACAUCGAUCACCACGUUUACCCCUUCCUUCCCCCUCGCCGCUCCCCGCGUCGCCGAGUCGCCGAGAUGGAGUACCAGCGUACGGCCACGGAAACCAAAGCCUUGCUGGCAUGGAUCAGCAACAGCGAGCUCGUCGAGGAGACCGUCCCAACGACAGAAGAAGUGUCUGACGGAAAAGUGAUUUGGGAGAUUUUGCAGCACAUCGACGCCGAUAAGCUCGGCGACAUUCCGUAUACGGACACCUACGAUAACUGGGAGCACAAGAAAGUGAAUCUGGACAAAAUCUAUGAUUUCUUGGUACAAUAUUUUGAGGAACGCUCCUCAGGUAUUCCCAAUGGGCUGGGCGAGAAGCCGGACCUGGAAAAGGUCGCGACCAACACUUCGGCUAAGGACACCAAUAAGCUGCUCAAGCUUGUCCUUAUCGCGGUGCUUGUUGCUAUCCAGUCUGCGGCUGUGCAGCCAUCCGAGGGUGAUCCGGCUCGGGACGAAAUACGAGAAGAAUUGAACAGGAAAUUAAAGAGCUCGAUUGAGAAUCUGGACCACCGCUACUCGAAUCAGCUCAAGAAUAUUAUUGAAGAGUCGGAGACAAAGAAGCCCUGGCUGGAUGAUGGUCCGUUAAAGUUUGAGGAACACCUGUUUAAGCUGAUCGAAGAGAACGACCGUCUCAUGCGAGAUGUUGCCGACUUGAAUCAGCUGGUUACGAAGAAGGAACAGGCGCUGUCCAGAGCAGAAGAUGUGAUCAAGGAUCACGAGACGAAAGAGAAGACUUUGAAAGAUCGCAUCGAGAACCUCCGGAGCGGUAAAGGCAAUUAUGAAUCUGGCACACAGCGGUUACACCAGCAGGAACGCUCGAGAUUGGAGGUCAAAAUUGCAGACUUGGAGGAGGCACUAGGCUCGGUUGAGAAGAAGAACAAUGAGUUGGAGAAAGAAGUUCAGACGCUCCGUGUUGUAAAGGACAACUACACUGAUCUAAAGUCCGAAUAUGACGCGAUGAAGAAGGAUCAUAUCAAGCUCCGCAACCAGGCAGAAGCCGGAAUCAAGUGGCGCACAAAGGUGGAAGACCUCCAAAGGGUAGCCAAGGAGAACGAGUCGCUCAAGAAAGAAAACGAGCAACUCAAAGAAGAUCUGAAGAAUGGUGACCUGAAAAUCAGAUUCAUGGCGGAGCAGCAAAAAGGACUCGAGAAUAUCAGCAAGGCCUUGUCACAAAGCGAACAGGAUCUCCACGAAUCUCGAAAUAUGCGACAGGUCCUUGAGAUCCAAAAUGCUCAACUGGAGAAUCGAGUACGCAGUCUGGAAGAGGGUAUGAAUCGGCUCAGAGGAGGGGCCGGUGAGUCGGAGGAUACAAGCUACGAGUUUGAUGGUUCUAACCGCAGCCCGACUCCUACUACGGGUACGAUUACGCCCAACUUGUCCGGCAACCUCCAACAGGAUCUUGAAGCCCUUGGUCUAGGGGAAUCGACUCUGUCCCUGGGCGUAGAGGACAAGCCUGAAAUCACUGACCAGGCUGGAAGUGUCAAGGGAGAGUUGGACGGGACGAUGGACGAGCACAUCCUGGCAAUGAAGGAAGAAGACAAGGCAAGGCUUAUUCAAGAAAUGUUGAAGCCUGUCGAGGACGCAAAAGAACGCCUGGCAAAGUUCAUCACCUCACAUACCGGCGAGGGCUCGGAGGCCUUGCAGCAAUCACUGGAGGAUCUCACCAAGCAGAUUUCUGAACUGAUAGAGAAGGAUCACGAAAGGCUGGCACAACGCGCACAGUACAUUCACCAACAAAACGAACAGAUCAAAUCGCUUCGAGAUCGGGUAAGCCAACUCGAGGAGGAAGCCGAAGAGGCCAAGGCCAGUGACGGCGACAAUGAAGAUCUCAUCAGCAAAGAGCGCGAGAUCGAACUCCAAAAACAGAUCGACUCCCUUUCCCGCGAACUCGCGCUCAUGAGUUCAUCCUGGUACGAGCUACAGGGCAAGCUACACAACACCAAUAAUGUCCCAAUCUCAAGGUACCGCCAUGGGUCUGCGGGUCUGGUCGAUGCCCAGAAGGGCUGGCUGGCUAGACAGCGGAGUGCAGUCGCUGGUCGAUGAUGGCCCGCUUGGGGGAUCUAGUCUACUAAAUCCUUCCCUUUUCCUUGCCCCUUUCGUUCAUUUCCUUCUGUUAUAUAGGCAUACCCCUCAACUAUUUGCACUUGAAUUUUUAUAGAUUAGCGGCGGCAUUGCUGUUCAUUACCGGGGCAUAAAUCGUGUAUAAAGAUAUACCUGUCACUGGUCGUAAUAGAUAGAAUGAGGAUAUCCUAGGUACUUGGUCUCAACCCUCAUCAUAGAUCCAAGCUAAAAUAUACUAGUAGGUGUAGAU